AUGGCUUCGAACCACAACGAUUGCGAUGCUGUGUCGAUUGUCAUAGCAUUGGCCGUGUUUGCUCUCCCUGUUACCCUUUUAAUACCGGACUUUAGCAUAUGGGAUGUCAUACCAAAGAUCCAUGUAACCAGGUGGCCAAUUUGUGCACAAUAUGUCACGUGGUCGCAGCUGAAUACAGGAUUCAUUAUUAUCCUUACACUUUUCUUCGGCAUGUAUUUGGAAAUUCGAAAACGCACGUUAAACGAAAUGGUGGACACAGUUCUGACAGUCACGCGGGCCACGGAAACCACGCUAGAUGAGGAGCGCGAUAAGCAGGCGGAGGCAGUGAAAGUCUGCGUGGAGCUUCUAGAUGUUUCUACAGAGCAUUACGAGAACCUUAUCCUUCUUAGAGACGAUUUGCGGAAGCGGGAUAAAGCCAGACAGCGACCACCCGCGAUUGAACCCAGUACUUCGGAUGUGUAA